GAACUACCUGCCCCGCUAAUCAUUUUGUUUCUAGCCUUAUACGAUCUCCAACCGGGGGAAGACAGACACAACUCUGACAGAUCUAAUUGUAUGUGGUGUGCCAUUGUGAUGAACACCUGUCAUCCUCCUGUUUCUGCACGGUUUAUUUAAUUUGAGUCGGACAUUUUAACUCGUUGCUUCGGCUUUGAUGGGAUUUGUGAUCGUUCUCCAUUCCUUGCUGUCGUGUUGCUGAAAUACAGCAUAACUAACAUGUUUUUUUGACUGCAUGAUGCGACAUUUGAUGCACCUGCUUAUCUGAACCUGCAGGCGGUUUAGGGUUUGAAUAUGGGCUGAAACAGGUUGUGUCAAGUUAUGGCAUUCAGUAAAGGUUAUCGUAUUUAUCAUAAAUUGGAUCCACCUCCAUACAGUGUGAUUGUGGAGACCAGAAAUCGAGAAGAAUGCCUGAUGUUCGAGUCUGGAGCAGUUGCUGUACUGUCGGCGGCAGAGAAGGAGACCAUCAAGACGGCGUACACCAAGAUGCUGGAUGCUUAUGGGAUCCUGGGAGUUCUUCGUCUUAACCUUGGGGAUUCUAUGCUGCACAGCCUGGUGGUCGUAACAGGCUGCAGUUCAGUGGGAAAAGUCCAGGAUUCAGAAGUUUUUCGGGUAACAGGCACGGACUUCGUCUCUCUGAAAAAUGACCCCUCGGAUGAGGACCGCAUCGCUGAUGUCAGGAAAAUCUUAAACUCUGGUAACUUCUAUUUCGCCUGGUCCUCCACCGGAGUGAGUCUGGACCUCAGUUUGAACGCGCACCGCAGAAUCAGAGAAGACACAUCUGACAAUCGUUUUUUCUGGAAUCAGUCCCUCCAUCUCCAUCUCAAGCAUUAUGGGGUGAACUGUGAUGACUGGCUGCUGAGGUUGAUGUGUGGCGGAGUGGAGAUCCGCACCAUCUACGCUGGGCACAAGCAGGCCAAAGCUUGCGUGAUCUCUCGGCUCAGCUCAGAGAGAGCAGGCACGCGUUUCAAUGUCCGAGGCACAAAUGACGACGGCCAGGUGGCCAACUUUGUGGAGACUGAGCAGGUUAUUUUCCUUGAUGACAAAGUAUCCUCCUUCAUUCAGAUCCGAGGAUCAAUACCUCUGUUCUGGGAGCAGCCAGGAAUUCAGGUCGGAUCUCAUCGUGUUAAGCUGUCCCGUGGUUUUGAAGCAAACGCACCCGCUUUUGAGAGACACUUUAGUGCCCUGAGGAGGCUGUAUGGCAAACAGGUGAUCAUCAACCUGCUGGGUAUGAAGGAGGGUGAACACAUGCUGAGCAAAGCAUUCCAGAGUCACCUGAAAGCUUCAGAGCAUGCAAACGCUGUGAGAAUGUUGAACUUUGACUAUCAUCAGAUGGUUAAAGGUGGGAAGACUGACAAGCUCAGCAGUGUCCUGAAACCUCAGAUCAGCAAGUUUCUGGAGGAAUGUGGUUUCUUCUACUACUCAGGGGAGGCCGGCAUUCAGAGAUGUCAAAGUGGGACCAUUCGUUCCAAUUGUCUAGACUGCUUGGACCGAACAAACAGCGUCCAGGCCUUCAUUGCGCUUGAGAUGCUUCCAAAACAAUUGGAAGACAUGGGUCUGACUGAGAAGCCUCAGCUGGUGGCACGCUUUCAGGAGGUUUUCCGCACCAUGUGGUCCACCAAUGGAGACUCGAUCAGCAAGAUCUAUGCAGGCACUGGUGCUCUGGAUGGCAAGGCUAAGGGUGGAAAGCUAAAAGACGGAGCUCGCUCGGUCACCAGAACCAUUCAGAACAACUUCUUUGACAGCUCUAAACAGGAAGCCAUUGACAUCCUGAGACUGGGCAGCACCCUGAACAGUGACCUGGCAGAUAAGGCACGAGCCCUCCUCACAACCAGCUCCCUGUAUGUCUCUGAGCCCAUUUUACAGUCAGCCUCUCCCAGAGUGCUCCUGGGCAUGUGUCAGAACCACUUCAAGUACACAUGUCCCAAAAAGAUCAGAGUAUGUGUGGGUACAUGGAACGUGAACGGGGGCAAGCAGUUCCGCAGUAUUGCGUUUCGUAACCACACGCUCAAUGACUGGCUUCUGGAUGCCCCUAAGAAGGCCGGCCACCCAGAAUUCCAAGAUGGAAAAUCCAACCCAGUGGACAUCUUUGCUAUUGGCUUUGAGGAAAUGGUGGAGCUGAAUGCUGGAAAUAUCGUCAGCGCAAGCACCACUAAUCAGAAGCUGUGGGCUGCAGAACUGCAGAAGAACAUCUCACGAGAUCACAAAUAUGUGCUGCUGGCCUCAGAGCAGCUGGUGGGUGUGUGUCUGUUCGUCUUCAUACGCCCUCAGCAUGCACCAUUCAUCAGGGACGUUGCUGUGGACACAGUGAAGACUGGAAUGGGUGGAGCCACUGGUAAUAAAGGGGGUGUGGCUAUACGCAUGCUCUUCCACACCACCAGCAUCUGCUUUCUGUGCUCACACUUCGCCGCCGGCCAAUCACAGGUCAAAGAGAGGAACGACGACUACAAUGAAAUUACACGCAAACUGUCCUUCCCCAUGGGCCGGCUCCUGUACUCCCAUGAUUAUGUAUUCUGGUGUGGAGACUUCAACUACAGAAUAAAUAUUCCUAAUGAAGAGACAAAGGAGCUGAUCAGACAGCAAAAUUGGGAUGCACUGAUUGCUGGAGAUCAACUGGUAGAGCAGAAGAAUUCUGGACAGGUUUUUAGAGGCUUUAUUGAAGGGAAGCUGGAUUUUGCCCCCACUUACAAAUAUGACCUGUUUUCGGAGGACUAUGACACCAGUGAGAAGUGCCGCACACCAGCCUGGACUGACCGUGUGCUAUGGAAGAGAAGAAAGUGGAACUUUGAUAAAACUGCGGAAGAGUUGGAGUUGAAUGUUGUAGGAGCCCCAGUGAUUGAGGAAGAUCAGUACCCAUGGAGCCCUGGAGAGCUCAAAUAUUAUGGUAGAGCAGAGCUCAAAACCUCUGAUCACAGGCCUGUGGUGGCCAUCAUAGAUGUGGACAUACUUGAGGUGGAUCCAGAGGCCAGACAUCAGGUGUAUAAGGAAGUGAUCGCUCUGCAGGGUCCACCGGACGGCACCAUCCUCGUCUCUCUCUGCACGUCUGGUCCUGAUGACUACUUUGAUGAUGCACUGAUUGAUGACCUGUUGGAAAAGUUUGCAAAUUUUGGCGAGGUUAUUCUUAUCAGGUUUGUUGAAGAGAAAAUGUGGGUGACAUUUUUGGAGGGAUAUUCUGCUCUGGCAGCUCUAUCUUUGAGCGGCUCUACUGUGAAUGGUAAGACCAUAGACAUCCGUCUGAGGAGUCCAGGUUGGAUAAAGAGUCUAGAAGAGGAAAUGAGCGUGGAGAGAAUCUGCGGCAGCGUCCCAACAUCCACCAGCUCCACCCUGCUGGCAGAAAACUCUGACAUGGGAGAAGAGUAUUACAUGGAAGGUGAUGUGGACGAGGAGAUUGAGGAUAUUUUACCCCAGCACCUGCAGCCUGGAGCAGGCAUGGAUCUAGGCUCGUCCCCUGCCACAUCCCCACGCACCAGCCCCUGCCCCUCUCCUACCCAUGGAGAACCUGCACCCCCCAUCCGGCCCAGCAGAGCCCCUCCACGCACAGCUGGACCACCACAGGGAGGAUUAAGCCCAGCAUCCAUUAGAAGGGACCUUGCAGGUUCUCCUGUUGAUGCUCAGCCAGCUGGAGCUUCCUCUUCACAGGGACUAGAGCCAAAACGCCCCCCUCCUCCACGCCCCCAUGCCCCACCAGCUCGACCUGCACCUCCACAGCGCCCACCACCACCCUCAGGACAAAAAAGCCCAGCGUUAGCACGUGCAGAUGUAGCUGGUCGAGGUCAAGCCCCUGGAGGCACCCCACGGCCGCUCCCACCUCGAGCAGGAGUCAUCAGCAUCCCUACUCAGGCUAGACCUCCUCCUGCUCAUCCUGGGGCCCCCAGACCCAUAGCAGAGGUGCAUCCUGGGGCCCCACGACCCUCACCUGAUAUUCACCCCGGAGCUCCUAGACCCGUUCCUGAACCCCCAAGCAAACCGUCUGAACUCCCUCUAGGUCCACCCCCGACACUGCCAGGUCCCAUGAGGCCUCAGAUGACAUCACCCAUGCAGCCCCAGUCCAUGUCGCCAAUGCAGCCUCCCGUGCAACCUCAACUGCCCCCACCCAUACAAGCCCAGCUCCCUCCACCGAUGCAGCCCACCUUCCCUGCCCCGCUGGUGCCUCAGCCUGCUCCUCAAGCGUCUGCUGGAGCCGCUGCCGCCCCUCAGUCUGGACUGGCAUCUCCCAAGCCUCCACCCCGGAGCCGGUCCACUCACGCACUGCCACCCGAGUCUGCUCCUGCUCCUGCUCCUACAUCUCAGGCCAAGGACAUGAAUGGAGUCCAAAGAGAAGCACAAUGGAAUCUAGACCCCUUCGACAUGCUUAACACCCAGUCCCUCUUCCCAAAUUCAUCGUUCUCCGCUUCCCUCCCUCGCUCCUCUUCCUCAUCCACCCCCUCCCCUUCUUCUUCCUCCACGUUGCCCAGCUCCCUCUCCCUGUUCUCCGCUCCGGACACCAGCAGCACUCCAUGUCUUCUGCCUCCCCCCGUUCCCUCCCGCAGCAAAUCCCAGGAGACCCUCCGUUCAUCCCCCAAUCCAUUCCUCACAGAAGCCCAACCCAGACCCAACAGCACCAACCCUUUCACCGGCAACUUGUUGCCCUCCCCACGCCGAUCGCUCACACCCGAUUUCUACACCCAGCAGCAGGCCAGGUCUGGUCUCAACAGGGCCAUGUCAGCUGUGGUUCACAGUUCAACUCCUCCACCACCAUUCUCUAGACAACAAUCCUUAGUUCCUGCUCCAGCAGCAGCCCCAGCCACACAAACCCAAAUGUGGGUCACAUUCGAUGACGAUUCAGACUUCCUUUCAAUGAAGGCUCCAUCUGCAGGUGGGACCGGCCCGCCACUUAUACCCACAGCCUCAUCCAUUCCCUUCCCACAACCCCAGAGCAGCUUCCCCAGCUCAGGCUUUGGCAUGGACAGCAACUGGACGUCGCUUCCCACUUCCACAUUUCCCACAAUCCCUCCUCCGAACCCAACCAGGACUAAUACCAGCAUCAGAAACGCCCACAUCCCUUCCAGAAACGAAUUCACAGAGAGAUGAUGCAGCAGAGAACGUGUAUGUAAAAUACAGAGAAAAUAUUAUUGUGUAUCUAUAAUACAUGUAUGGUUUGUAUAAAAGUGUGGUUUUGGAAGUGCUGACCCGUUUUUCCGAAAUAAAUCCGACCGUUUCUUUUAGCCCAACGUCGAUAGGGAAACCAAGAGUAAAUCAACACGGUAUGUUAGUAUUUUUCAGUUUUUAAAUAAUAAUGGGCACAAAAAAAACCAACAUAAUUUGCGUAUUAACAUGGAUAUACACACGUGUGUAACAUUUUACACUUCAAUGGCCAGAUUUAGUUUAGUACACAUUAGACCGCAGCUUUAAGCUACAUGAUCAGAUGUAAAAAAAAAAAAAAAAAGAAAAUUUAAAAAAAUGGAUAAAUAUUAAGUUGUAUAUCUCAUUGCGAUUUCAAUUUCAUCCUUUACUUUCCCUCAUGUCGGAACACAAAAGAAAAUAUUUUGAAAAUGUUAUUUUUUUAUUUAUUUUUUCUCCAUACAGUGGAACUCAAUGGGGUCUAAAUAGGUUGUUCUGGAACCCAUUGACUUCCAUUAUAUGGACAAAACCUGUUGAAACAUUCUUCAAAUAUGUUCCACAGAAGAAAGAACGUUAACAGGUUUGUAAAGACAUGAGCGUGAGUAAUUUAUCAUUUUUUGGUGAACUAUCCCUUUAUUCUGUAACCCAAAGCAAAUAAGAAAUCUUGUUAUCAAGCGCACAGACUUAAAAUGCCUGGCUGUGGCUGACGUGUUCUAUGCCAUCAUAUCCGUAAAAUGGGCUUGACCAGAGAUACUUGUUUGUUGUUAAACUCAUUAUGAAUGUAUCUUUUACCUGUUACUAUUGCCUACGUUUAAGUUCAGCAGUAACCGUUGCUGUGCUUUACUGCAUACUCAAAUCAAGGGUCUUUAUUUUUCUGGGUGUUCACGCAAAAGACCCCCUCCCACCCCCCCGUGCAUCCUGUAGCACGAGCGAUGUGCUUAGCUUGUCAAAAAUAUAUCUUCUAUACAUAUUCAUAGUGAUUAAAUGUCUUCCUAGUGGGGAAAAAUGUAAAGUACUUCUGAAUUGUGAUUAUAUUUACAGCAUAUACAUGCCAUAUCUAAAGUGCACUGAAGAGCUCUGUCCUCUAGGCUUUCAAACGCACAUUUCGAGUGGAGCUUGAGGGUUUUAGCGGCUCCUCUCAUUCAUCAACACUGUAUAUACAUGUGCUUUCAGUUCAUCUGAUCCAAAGCUCACAACAGAACUGCUGUAUUAAACAAAUGUGUUGUGUGUUUGAUUUGGUGGGUUCCUCCUUCAGGAUGUUGGUCAUGCUUUCUUUUGUGCAAUGUGUACUUAUUCGCUCAAUGAAAUUGUGUUUUUUUUAAUUUCGAUGAACAGGUUGUUGAUAGAUCUAUUUAUUGUUAUGUGGAGGAAUACUGUGCUGUAUUUUGGAGUGCGCCGUCUGUUUCUGUGUAUUUUAGCUGUUUGUGCGAGUACGCUUGCGUGUUUGCAUCGCCAUAUCGAGGGAUUCGGAUGUCUUAUGAGUCUGCUGACCCCAGAGUUAUUAUAGCAUUCUGUCUUAGAACUGAUUUUGAGAGAAAUAUUUAUAUAAAAUGGUAUAAUCUUGAGAGGAAACGCAACAAGAUGGAUUAUGAAUGGUGUAACAUUUAAAGCUACCGUUUUGUAACAAUGCCUUGUUGAUAAAAGUCUGGAGUUCAAAGGCCCCAAAGGUGUUUAUUUGGUUCUGGGGAAGCAUAUCAUGAUUCACCCUCAGUUGUUUUUGUUAAUCAUAUAGCAUUCCAGACUGUACUGAUGCAUUAUGGGUGAAUGAUCAGCCCUUAGGCACUUAUUUUAUGUGUGCAGUCAUUUUACUCAUGUUAUGCAGGUUUUUAAUGUCCCUCCAAGGGCAUACUGAAAUGAUUCAUUCUUGGUUAAAGUGUAUGUAUUUCAGGAAAGCAGUAUUUUACUUGUGCUUUUGUUCCUUGUUUACAUUUUAGGUACAAAUUUAACCUCUGCAUAGCUGUUUCAAUGUUAGCCUGGGACAUGUUGAGGAACAUUUUUUGGCUUUGAGCAUUACAGAUUUAUUUUUGGAGCGUAAAAGCACUGAAAAGUGUCUCUUUUUGGGGUUUGGUUGAGGAAUGGGUCAGAAGAAGCCAGCCAGCAAGAUUGUGUGAAUUAAUGCAUGAGAAAACCAUUCCAAAGCACUAACUGUGAAUAUCUCCAGAAUACAGACAAGUAUCAGGUUGUGGAUAAUAUAUAUAUAUAUAUAUAUAUAUAAUAUAUAUUAUUUUGAUGAUUAGUGAACACAAUGUAACCACUUAACAUUCAAAGGCAUUAGAACUUGGAAGUCAUUUGAUCAGGUGUUCUGUAUGUUAAUGAAAGCGUUGAACCUGACAUUGCUAGCACCAGAUAUUAAUGAGAAGCAAGGUUUUAAUAGGAAUUAACUCCUUUUGUGAAGUUAAUGUUCCUUUGUAGCUUUUAGCCCAGUAGUAAACAAGUCUGUGGUAUUAACCUUAUAUGUAUGUAUACACAAACCACAAAACUGCAAUUCAGUAACAAGUACUCGAUCUGUAAUUUUAAGUGCACACCAAAAGUGCAUAUUUAUGUAUGGAGCAAUUGAUGUUGUAUGUAUGCAAUAAUAAAUGUAUUUCAACAUGAAA